AGAGGAUUGACCCCAUUGAAGGAGAGAUUGAGGGGACAAUCAACACGCAGGAAAAUCUGAAUCUCCCCACGGCUAUAAACAUCUUAAUAUUCUCGUCAUAGCCAUCUCUCUCUAACACCUAUCCAUUCUUUAUACAAAUUCCCGUCUACGUCUUCUCGCCCACCAUGGAGCAAGAGCUCCUGUCGCUGCUUGCAGACACCCAGUCGUCGGUGGCUGAUACCAGAAAGGCUGCCGAACUACAGCUUCUACGUCUUUACUCCAACGAGACCUUCCCCCUCGCUCUUGCCGCGAUCGCUUCUCACGAUUCCGUCCCUACCAACCUCCGCCAGUCUGCCCUUUCCGUUCUGCGGACCUUCAUUGCCGCGGCCUGGUCUCCGGUUCUCGACGAAUUCAAGGGCCAGGUACUUGUCAGCGACGAUAACAAGGUGCAAAUCCGGCGCGCACUCUUGGAGUUAGCCACGGUCAAGGAGACACCGGAGCGCAAGGUGAAGUCGUCCGCUAGCUUUGCUGUCAGCAAGAUCGCCAGCGCCGAUUUCCCCGAGCAGUGGCCGGAGCUUUUGCCCACUCUACUUCAGAUCAUCAAUGACACCAACAGCACAGCCGGGGCCCUGCACGGCGCCCUGAAAGUCCUUCUGGACUUGGUCGACACCGGCUUCAGCGAAGAGCAGUUUUUCAACGUUGCCCGAGACCUCGUUACCUCGCUCUUCAAUGUGGCCACCAACGAAUCGAGGAAGCCCAUCUUGAGAGCAUUGGCCGUGGCGGUCUUCCGUGCUUGCUUUGAUACCCUGGAGAUGGUGCUUGAGCAGCACAAGACGGCGGUUAAGCAGUUUAUGGACGAGGUGCUCAAUGGCUGGUCUCCUUUCUUCAUCGCGACACUCAAGGCACCUCUACCACAGGCUCCCAGCGAGCAUGAAGAAUCCAAGGACAGCGAAAUCCCGUCUCAGUGGAGGGGCGCUAUUGGUUUGAAGCUGCAGGUCGUCAAGACCCUGAUGAAAAUCCGCAUGGUGUUUCCCGGUUUGAUGACGCCCCAGAGCCCAGUAUACUUCUCGACGAUCUGGACCGAGUUGUCCAACAUCCAAUCAACCUAUCACGGGUUCUAUAUCGAGGAAGAGAGACAGGGUCGCUUGGAAGAUGUGGACGGACUCCCCUAUACAUUAGACUUCCUGGUCCUGGAGGAGCUGGAUCUCAUUCAGACGCUCUUGAAGGCACCGCCCGUCAAGGCAGAGCUUCAGCAACAGCUACAGAAUGCUGGACAGGCGGCUGCCACCUCGAGCUGGUUGCCAGAGAUCCUGAAACUAGCAGGUUCAUAUGCUCAGAUCACUUCGGAAGAAGAAGGUUUGUGGGACAUUGAUGUAAACCUCUUUCUCUCAGAGGAGACCUCUGUCACUGCCAACUACACGCCCCGCACUUGCAGUGGAGAUCUAGUCAUCAAGCUGGGCGAAUGGCUCAAGAAUACUGCCGUUGAGGGUCUGCAUGCGCAUCUCAAUACUGUGUUCUCUGAUCCGUCUUCCACGUGGAAGGCUCGCGAGUCUGCUCUCUACAUUCUGAGCCAGAUUCUCCGGGACUUCAACGAAGUUUCUCAACAGGUUCCCGCGGGGCUUGCUAAUGGGUUCAGCAACUUUAUUCAGUUUGCUAUUCAACAGGAAGAGGAGUUCUUGCGGGCCCGCGGCUAUCUCGCUGCUGGAGUUCUCUGCCAGGUAGCAGAUGAGUCUUUCCAGCAAACCGCGGUUUCGUAUCUCGAGGCUUCCCUCAAGGCGGUGACUGAGGAUCCCUCAGAGGUCGUCAGAGUAUCCUGCAUCCGGGCACUACAGGAUCUCAUGCCAUCGCUUCCCUCCAGCGCCACCGUUCCACUUCAGGCCGCCACCAUCUCCGCGCUGUCAGACUUCAUUUCCUCUCACGACAUCUCGGAACAUUCUGACAGUGACGAUCUCAAAGUCACCCUCGCAGAGACCUUGCGUGAUACCAUCAUUGUCAACCCAAGCGUGGUCUUGUCCUCGAAUGCCAUCGAUGUGCUAUUCAACAUCGCCAGCAAUGGACCUACUAACUUCCAGUUGACGAUGAUUGUCACGGAGGCCUUUGAGGACAUUGUGGAAAACAUCUCAGAACAAGGUCCCGAGUCCUUCGUUCGCCUUUGUGAGAAUGUUCUCCCAUCCUUGACUGGAGCGAUCGAUGUUGGCAACCUGACUCAGGAAAACGCUCUCACGAAUUUCGCCGCGGACCUCAUUCGAGCUCUCGCGGAAAGAGCUUCUGAGCCCCUCCCUAGUGGCUUUGUCGAGGCCGUCAUGCCCAAGUUGAACCGUCUGUUACUGGAGUCAACUGAUGCGGAGUUAAUUCGUCCUGCCACAGAAGCCGUGCGCCACAUGCUUUCACACGAUUUCAACCAGUUCGUCUCGUGGAGAGAUCCCGACAGUGGCAAGGAGGCGAUCGAAGUUGCCCUCAUCAUCAUUGAUCGUUUGUUGGGGCCUGCUGUUGAUGACAAUGCGGCAACCGAGGUGGGACAGUUGGCAGCCGAAUUGGUCGAGCGGGCGGGUUCCGAGCGACUUGGACCUUACCUGCCACAGCUUCUCCAGGCUGUUGCCCAGCGACUUGCAACUGCGCAGCAGGCCCAAUUCAUCCAGAGCCUCAUCCUUGUCUUCGCCCGACUGACGCUCGUCAGCGCGCGUGAAGUUGUCGACUUCCUAUCGCAGGUGAACAUUGGCGGCCAGAGCGGCCUUCCCAUUGUCCUCAGCAAGUGGCUGGAGAACUCGGUCAACUUCGCCGGCUAUGAUGAGAUCAAGCAGAACAUCAUCGCGCUUGCGACGCUGUACAACUUGGAAGAUCCUCGUAUUUCCCAGGUGCAGGUGAAGGGCGAUCUGAUUAUCCAGGACACAGGUCGCAUCCGCACCCGGUCCCAAGCUCGCAAGAACCCCGAUCAGUACACGACAGUGACCGCACCCUUGAAGAUCAUCAAAGUCCUGGUUGAAGAACUGGCCGCGGCCUCGGGCAACAAGGAGAUCGACGCCGCCACUGCGGCUGCAUUGGAGGAAGAGGGCAGUGACGAUGACGACGAAUGGGAGGACGUUCCGGGCAACACCCUCGACCUCAACCUUGGAGUCACCAAGCAGGAGCUGAUGGCAUUCGGUGAGGGUGGUAGUGAGAGUGUGUUCGGAGUGCGCAAGCGUGACGAUGAAACUCAAGGCUUUCUGCUGGACUUUUUCCGCAAUGCCUCCACGAAGCCCGACUUCCAGCAGCUGUUUACGGCACUGACUCCGGCCGAGCAAGAAAAGUUACACAGCUUGGGUUGAAUGAUGACACCAGCUGCCAUUGUGCUUCAGUCCUCAUUUAUUGGUGAGUGUGCUCGAGGCUUCAGUUCGGGUCUGCUAUGCAAGUGACGAAGCAUUGAGACAGAACUGCGCAUUCUAGAUAGUUACAGUACAUGACAAAAAAAAUAAAUAUCUGGAUCAUCC